AUGGCUUGGGAUCACCUGGAUAUCGACAAGCCUCAUUUGGCAUACAUGAUUCUGGGUGGCUUCACCGGCCUGUUCAUGUUGUGCUCGCUCUUUGUAAAGGAGAAACUUUACAUUGGUGAAGCCACCGUUGCGACCAUCUGCGGUAUCAUCUUUGGACCGCACGCGGCCAACCUCUUCAAUCCCCACACGUGGGGUAACGUCGACAAGAUUACUCUAGAAGCCUCGCGUAUUGUUCUUGUGGUGCAAUGUUUCGCCGUCGGCGUCGAGUUGCCCAAGGCCUACAUGGAACGCCACUGGAGGUCAGUUUCUUGCUUGCUGGUCCCUGUCAUGACUUGGGGCUGGCUGGUGACCAGUCUCUUCAUCUGGUGGAUGAUUCCCCCCCUGAACUGGCUGGAGAGUCUCGUUUGUGCGGCUUGUGUCACUGCAACCGAUCCCGUUUUGGCGUCGUCCGUCGUGGGUAAGGGUAAAUUCGCCAAGCGUGUGCCCAAGCAUUUGCGUGACUUGUUGUCGGCCGAGUCCGGCUGCAACGAUGGUAUGGCGUUUCCCUUCAUCUACCUGGGUUUCUACAUCCUGCGGUAUCGACCCGACGCCGGCAAGGUCUCGCUCAACUGGUUCUGUGUCACCAUCUUGUACGAGUGUAUCUUGGGAGCUAUCUUUGGGUUUACCAUCGGCUACGCCGCCCGUCACUCCAUCAGGUUCGCUGAAAGUAAAAGUCUCAUCGAUCGAGAGAGUUUCCUGGUGUUCUACUUCGUUCUGGCUGUCUUCUGUGCCGGCGCCGGUAGUCUGCUCGGCAUGGACGACCUUUUGAUUGGUUUCGCGUGCGGUGUCGGCUUCAGUAAUGAUGGCUGGUUCACCGAAAAGACCGAGGAGUCUCACGUGUCCAAUGUCAUUGAUCUCUUGCUCAACUUGGCAUACUUUGUCUAUUUUGGAUCAAUUAUCCCCUGGGAGGAUUACAACGCCCCGGACCUCGGGCUGACUCCUUGGAGACUGGUCGUUAUCGCGAUUCUCGUCAUUCUUUUCCGUCGCAUCCCCAUCAUGCUCGCCCUGAAACCGCUGAUCCCAGAUGUCAAAACCUGGCGUGAGGCGCUGUUUGCCGGUCAUUUCGGUCCGAUUGGUGUCGGCGCCAUCUUUGCGGCUAUCCUAGCCAGAGCAGAACUAGAGCACGAUAGCACUCAGCCACUGCCCGAGAACGAAAUCACACCGUCAAGUCUGGAGAACCCCAACGAUUACUAUGUUGCCAGAUUGAUUUGGCCGAUCACUACCUUUAUGGUCAUUUCCUCCAUUCUGGUCCACGGUUCCUCGAUUGCCGUCUUUACUCUGGGCAAGCGUAUCAACACCCUGACAAUCACCCUGUCUUACACACAAGCCAACGAAGAUGGACCCUCGUGGAUGAAUCGUCUUCCGCGUGUUCAGUCCAUCGCCAAGGGAUCGAUGUCUUUCCGCAAGCCGGAUGACUCCGAGGGCGCUUCUUCCGAAGAGAAACUGCCCGAAUAUCCGCCGGGCACCUUGCCGCCAAUCGGUAUGCCUGGUAACUUCCUACGCCGUGUUCGUGAAGAAGAUAGUGAGACACAGUCCUCUCAGCCGACUCAACGAAAGGCUACCCGCCGACGCCGUCGCAAGAAGACCGAUGGCGCCGGUGGUCCCAUCAGCCAGUCCGCCAUCAUGCCUCAGCGACGAACGGAAAGCGAAAUUGGAGAAGAAUUAAACCAGGAGCUUGAACAACGAGAUCGCGUGGACCGCGAAUCGUCACCUCCAACGGCGGAACGAGAUCGCUUUGGGCACGAGCCGGAUGUGGAGGUCUAUCAAGAGGGGCAUGAAAUGGUUGUCGAAGACGAAGAGGGCAACGUGCUCAAGGUAGAAGAUACUAGCCACAUGACCCCCGAGGAGCAAGCGCGCCACAUUGAGGAACAGCGGAGGCGUUUGCAAGAAGACCCAUCUGGUGUUUUUGCGCAAUCUAAAAACGAGCCUCACGAGAAGAACGAGGGUGAGGAAUUGGAAGAAGCUGUGGGCAAACACACAGGUCAUCCGGUGCAAAAAGCGCGAUCUCGCUGGAUCAACUGGGCGGGACAUGGAAAAGAUCAAGCAAAGGAGAAGCCCGAGGCUUCCAAGGCACGACCCACCCCCGCCAAAUCCAAGGGUGCCGAUGGUGAGAAGAAGGCUCGCUCUGCGCAUGCUUACCAAUUUGGUAACACCAUUAUCGUGGAGGAUGAGGAAGGUGAGGUGAUCAAGAAAUAUACCAUUCCUUCUGCCGACAAGGCUGGGAGGUCCAAGGCCAAGACCGAUGAACAGCAACCCAGUAAGGACCAACCCGCUCUUCGGUCUGGUCUGAAGCGCAUGGGUACUUGGUUUGGCAAGGAAGAGGAAGGUGAAUCCUCGCAGACUGGGCAGAAGAAGAAGCCUGUCCCGAGGACCGAGACUGACGACUGGGCCACGGAUGACGGUCUUCGUUUCACGCUUGCGCAGAGCUCUGAAGUUGAUUCUCGGGGCAUCGGUCACAAGGGCCGCCGCAUGAACAAGCAUGAGUUCUUCCAGCAGAUCAAGGGCCUGGACGCCAAGGCUCGACGUGAUGUCGUGCAGAAUACCGAUGCUCCUUCCCAUAUCAAAGAAGCCGCACACAAAGAUGUCAAGCAGUCUGAAGAUCGAGAACGCCGUCUUUCUGCAGCUGCAAUGGCUGCUUCGACAGGGGCAAAGCCACCUGGGGAUGGGGAGGACCUCGUUUCCGAGUCCGCAACAGACAGCGAAACCGACGAGGAUGAAGAGUAUGUUUCUGACGGAUCUGAGGGAACUACCCCCAACGUGGCGUCGUCCUUGGCCAAGUUUACCCGCGGCAGCUCUGCUCAGGAGCGCCGCAGCAACCUGAGCCCAGCGCCGAUCCGUCCUCGUGAGCGCCAGCGACGUGACUCGGAUGAUGAUGGUACAGAGCGUAUCCCCCCUUCGCGGUUGCGUCGGGAGGCCGGUUUGGCUCCCACUCCACGUCAAAACGACGAUGAGACUGGCGAGACCCCGGCAGAGCGACGCCGCCGUCUCGCUGCCCUCGGCGAGAUGGACAGUGGUAACUCAUCUGACUCGGAAAGCGACAACGACCUAGCAGUCGUCGAAGAAACUGAGAACGAAGAUGAAGAGGAGCCCAUCACCACCCCGGGUAAGGUCCAGUUCAGCUCCGACGCUAGACCUUCCGACCCUCCCUCCACCGAAAGUGCUGAGCAGUCGACUUCCUCGGGUCUCGGAUUUAGCCAAUUCACUCGCGGUCAUCGACCUCGCAUUUCAUGGGGAGGCGAGAAAGGUCGGGAACAUUGA